AUGCAACAGUAGGAGGAGAUCUCUUCGAGAUGUCGUCCUUAGAUAAUCACUCUGAGAGUGUGACUGUGAUAUGUCCUGCCAACGUGACUAACAUUACUAACUGCUGGUACGAGGAGAUGGCGGCGAUAAACCGUAGGGAGGCGAGUGUAGCGGUUGUUUGCUGUACAUUGAACCCGUGCAGCACACCUCGAGGUAGUCCAGUCGGUCUAGAAAGCGGUAAGGUUCCCGACAGCGCUAUUACAGUCUCGAGUGAGCUGGGACCUUCUCAUAUCAAACAAAGAGCACGUCUUAACAGUCCUUCUGCUUGGAUCCCCGCUGUAGAUGACGAAGACCCCUGGCUUCAGAUCAAAUUCAAUUCCACCUUUUUCAUCACCGCCAUCAUAACGCAAGGCUGGAAUAUUAUUUGUUGGGUGACAUCGUACACAGUUUCAUCUAGUAUGGACGGAGUAUCUUGGACUAACUACCAGGAUAUCAACACCAACACAGUCAAGGUCUACACAGGAAACUACGACCAAAAUAGUUUUGUGGUGCACACCAUGUUUACGCCGGUCGAAUGCAGAUUCUUCCGUAUCUAUCCCAAGACAGCCUAUGAGAAAUACCAGCCCCCAUUGACUUCCUUGCUGGCCCUCAGACUAGAGCUCACUGGCUACGGACCUCUUAAUGACUUAGUAGCUGCGAUGAACCAGGAAGAGGUCAGCUGUUCACGUCCCAUCCGAGGGGAAGGAAUGGGAGUGGAAGAUGGACGAAUCCCAGACUCUAGUCUCACCUCCUCAUCGAGGCAUAGUCAUGGAUACACUGCAUCAGAUGGAAGAUUGAACGGUGGAGUGUCGGUUGACGAAAAGGCAGCAUGGAUUGCCAGGAAUAAUGACAAAGAUAAAUGGGUCAAGGGAGCCUUUCCCCGUCACCCUAACUCUAAGAUGGUAUAUGAUCAUUAUCAGAUAGAUCUUGGAAAGACCUCUACCGUCACUGGUCUUAUCGUACAAGGCAGAUACAACCUGACACAAUGGGUUACGUCUGUCAAGGUGUCCUAUUCGCUGGAUGACGUGACAUGGACUUAUGCUUUGGAACCACAAUGUGGUGAACAAAAAGUCUACGCAGCAAACUACAAUGAAUACACUCCCGAGACUAUACUAUUCCCUCGACCAAUCACUGCUCGAUACGUCAGAAUACACCCACUCACGUGGCAUGGGCACCAGGCCAUGAGAUAUGAAGUUCUUGGCAUAGCUGGAUAGACUGAAGUUUUAAAGCAUGAAGACUUCUUCUAAAUCUUAAUGCUGUAAUUUUUUGUAAUGUUAUUAUAGUUAAUAUAAUGAUAAUUGUAUUAUUUAUAUUAUUG